GCUCGGCACCAUGUGUACACGGGGGCUACCGGGGCUGGCGCUGCUGGUGGUGGCCAUCACCUCCCUGCCUGGCCUGCGCCCCGCCGCCACUCCGUCCCUGAGGAGUGCUUUGGGCAGUCCUGCUGCAUGCCACCUGUCCCGGGCCGAGGCAGAGCUCAGGUGCCACGUCCCCGGGGGACAGCUGUGCAGCGGCAGGGGCAGGUGCAAUUGUGGAGUCUGCAUCUGCCAAGUGACGGAGGCUGGCAAAUACUAUGGUCCGCUGUGCGAGUGCCAUGACUGGGUGUGUGAGACCUACGACGGGAAGAUCUGUGCAGCAUGCAGAUACAGUAGAGACAUAGCUAUGAAUGCAUCCCUGGACCAUUGGAUCAUAGAAUUUCAGAAUCAUAUCAUUUGGAAAAGACCUUCAGGAUCAUCAGGCCAUGGGAAGUGUGACUGUGGGAAGUGCAAAUGUGAUGAAGGCUGGUAUGGUGAAGCUUGUCAGUAUCCAACUUCUUGCAAUCUUACACGGAAGAAAAGCAAUGAAAUGUGUAAGAAUUCCCAAGAUAUCAUCUGUUCUGGUGCAGGCACAUGUCAGUGUGGCAGGUGUAAAUGUGCAAACUCAGAAGGAAAUGGACUGGUCUAUGGUAAAUUUUGUGAAUGUGAUGACAGAGAAUGCAUAGAUGAUGAGACGGAAGAGAUUUGUACAGGCCAUGGAAAGUGUUACUGUGGAAACUGUUACUGUGAGGCUGGUUGGCAUGGAGAUAAAUGUGAAUUCCAGUGUGACAUCACCCCUUGGGAGAUCAAGAAAAGAUGCACAUCUCCAGAUGGCAAAAUCUGCAGCAACAGAGGCACAUGUGUAUGUGGGGAAUGUACAUGCCAUGAUGUGGACCCAACUGGUGACUGGGGAGAUAUACAUGGAGAUACGUGUGAGUGUGAUGAAAGAAACUGCAAAGCAGUGUAUGAUAGAUAUUCUGAUGACUUCUGCUCAGGUCACGGACAGUGUAAUUGCGGAAGGUGUGACUGUAAAGAAGGAUGGACUGGGAAGAAGUGUGAACAUCCACGGUCUUGUCCAUUGUCAGCUGAGGAAAGUGCUAAGAAAUGCCAAGGAAAUUCUAAUUUACCUUGCUCUGGAAGAGGGAAAUGUGAAUGUGGCCAAUGCACUUGUUUCCCUCCAGGAGACAACAGAGUUCAUGGUAAAAACUGCGAAUGUGAUGAUCGGCAGUGUGAAAGUGCAGAUGGUGAAGUCUGUGGGGGCCAUGGCAUCUGCUCCUGCGGCCGAUGCAUUUGCCAGAAUGGGUGGUUUGGAAAGUUGUGCCAGCAUUCAAGGAAGUGCAACAUGACAGAAGAGGAGAGCAGAAGUCUCUGCGAGUCAGAGGAUGGUGUAUUAUGCUCGGGGAAGGGUUCCUGCCACUGUGGAAAGUGCAUCUGUUCACCACAGGAAUGGUACAUUUCGGGCGAUUUCUGUGAAUGUGAUGACAGAGACUGCGACAAACAUGAUGGUCUCAUUUGCACAGGCAAUGGUGUUUGUAACUGUGGAAACUGCGAAUGCUGGGAAGGAUGGAAUGGAAAUGCUUGUGAAAUCUGGCUGGGGACAGAAUACCCUUAACAAAGGACACCAAAGACUUAGAGGGUUUUUUUUU